UAGUCCACGCACGUAUUUUUCAUUCAAGCAGUAUUUGAAUAAGGAAGAUGGCGGCUGCAGCAGUGGUUGAAUUUCAGAGAGCUCAGUCUCUCAUUAGCACCGACCGCAACGCCUCUAUUGACAUUCUCCAUUCAAUAGUGAGGAGAGAUGUUCAAGAGAAUGACGAAGAAGCUGUCAGGGUUAAAGAACAGAGCAUCCUGGAGCUGGGGACACUUCUGGCCAAGACAGGACAGGCUGCAGAACUUGGGGGUCUGCUGAAAUUUGUGAGACCUUUCCUGAUUUCUAUCAGCAAGGCUAAGGCAGCCCGGCUGGUCCGCUCUCUGCUGGACCUCUUUCUUGACAUGGAGGCAGCCACGGGGCAGGAAGUAGAGCUAUGUCUUGAAUGCAUUGAGUGGGCCAAGGCUGAGAAGAGGACCUUCCUGCGGCAGGCGCUGGAGGCACGACUCGUCUCACUCUAUUUUGACACCCAAAGGUACCAAGAGGCCUUGGCGCUUGGCUCCCAGUUGCUGCAGGAGCUGAAAAAGAUGGAUGACAAGGCUCUUCUGGUAGAGGUUCAGCUCCUUGAAAGUAAGACGUAUCAUGCUCUCAGUAACCUGCCUAAGGCUCGUGCAGCCCUCACCUCAGCCAGGACCACCGCCAACGCCAUUUACUGUCCUCCAAAGCUCCAGGCAGCACUAGACAUGCAGUCAGGGAUUAUCCAUGCAGCAGGGGAGAAGGACUGGAAGACAGCCUACUCCUACUUCUUUGAGGCCUUCGAGGGCUAUGACUCUAUUGACAGCCCCAGAGCCAUCACAGCACUCAAAUACAUGCUUCUUUGCAAAAUUGUCCUCAAUUUGCCAGAGGAAGUUCAAGCCCUGAUCAGCGGCAAACUGGGCCUGCGAUAUGCUGGCCGACAGACAGAUGCAAUGAAAUGUGUUGCUCAGGCCAGUAAGAACAGGUCGUUAUCAGACUUUGAAAAGGCCCUAACAGAGUACAGACCAGAACUGAGGGGUGAUCCAAUUAUCAGCACUCACCUGGCCAAGCUGUAUGACAGUCUGCUGGAGCAAAACCUCAUCAGAGUCAUUGAGCCAUUUUCCAGAGUACAGAUAGAACACGUAUCAGGUCUAAUCAAACUGUCGAAGGGGGAUGUUGAGAGGAAAUUAUCACAGAUGAUUCUGGACAAAAAGUUUCAUGGAAUCCUUGACCAAGGUGAAGGUGUCUUGAUCAUAUUUGAAGAGCCCCCAGUGGACAAAACAUAUGAAGCAGCUUUGGAAACAAUUCAGAACAUGAGCAAAGUCGUGGAUUCGCUUUACAACAAAGCCAAGAAGCUGACAUAGAGCAGAUUACCGUGGCAGUGUGAUGGAGGAACUGUGUGUUUGACCAGCGUGUGUAAUAUUUUAAGAAGGGGACAAGUGAGAGCAACAAGUCCCACAAACUGCAACAAACAGAAUUCCCCAUCAAACUCCCCCUCUUCUCCUUCACUGGACAGUUUCAUCACUUGUUCAUUUUUUCUCUCUUUAAUUUUGAUAUCUCUUCAGGAUUCUGUAUAACACUCAGCGGCCAAAUCAGGCCAUCAGGGAAUAUUGUACAACCACAACAUAAAAAGAUAAAAUGGUUUAAGAAGACUUAUGUUUAUACCUGGUAUAAGGUUGGGCUUCCCGAGCCUUAAGCCAACUCCACUGCAACCUCAAAGGUGUAACAUUGACCUCUGCAGCCUGACACUCUGCUACCAGCUGUGUAUGCAGAAACCAGGGUUUCACCUUCUUUUUUUCUGUAUCUUUCAGAAGCACACUGUUCAGUUUUUGGAAGGUUGCGAUAUUCUUUGGGCUUCUGAGUUAUGGUCAGAGAGCUCCCUCUAGCUCUGAUAAUUUUUUUUUCUUCAUGACAAUGCCAACAGUUAAGUCCCCACUGUAUUUCAAAUAUGUAUUAUACUCACUUUAUUUGAUUGUUUUUUGUUUAAAAGAAAUCAAGAUGGCUGCCACAUAUCUGCCUGUCAUGCUUACAUAAGUUUAGAGAACACGCAGGAUGCCAUUUCACCACUAGUGCCACUUUUUUGGCACUUCUGCUUGCCUCAGUGUUUGAGUGCAAUAUGAAAUCAGAGGGCAGAGGUGGAGAUUUCCUCUGAGCAUCUGAGUUAUCCCUGAGUGAGCAAUUCUCCAUUGUUAGUUCCUAGCACUAGUGCGGUAUGCUAGUAACCAAACAAUUUGUAUGGUUUUGAUUCUUUUUUUUUCUCUUAUGAAGACAUUUUCAAAAUAAAUAUUUUGUAUUUUAAGCAUUUGGUCUUGUCUCAUGCAAAAACAAAACAAACUGCAGAUGCUGUUUUGAUCAGGUAACAUUAAUUGUCCACUAAGCAGCGGUGUUUGUUCUACCGUGGAGGUAACGAAAGCUGAAGUUGGUCAUGUUGCAAAGUGACUUUGAAAUGCAUUUAAGAAUGGCAAUGUGAUCCAGGAAGCUGUAUAGUAGUUUAGAGGAAGUUAAAGGGAAGGUCUGAAAUAUUUGAAUUCACAUGUUAAUACUAUGAAAUACAGAAUUCACCCUAGUCUGUUGCUGCAGUAUUUGUCACUCAUUUGAAAAAGUCAAUUUCUCGUCAAAAGGGCAUUAAAUCAGUUUAACUGA